GAUAUCAUAUCAGCAAUAUCUAGUUAAGCAACUUUACUCUACAACAAUGACCGAAGCCUGGAAAGAACAACAAUUAUGGCAGCUUGCAUGCUUUCACGAAUUGCGCCGACGAGAACUGGACCCGUCCUUAGAGUUUGAGGAAUAUCCGCAGCCUGGAUCCUCUCAAGUGGCCAUGUUACAAAUCUUCGAAGACGCAUUGAAUGAAAAUAUUACUCCAGUAAAAGCAGCAGAGCGCAUCGCAGACUGGGUGCUUUCAGUGCCAGAUAUGGAUGUCUGCUAUGACAUAGACAGAGCCUAUUAUGCUAUGAUCAGAGCUUUGUUCGCAGGUGCAAGUCAACUUUCAUGCCGGAAACACCUCAAGAUCCUGGCAGAUUUUACAGUUGAACUCGCAAAUUUACCCGAUGUGUACAACAAUACUGACAGACCGAUGGAGUUCGAAGGAGGUUCCGUUGUGGUUCAGCCGGGGGAGAGGAUCAAGUUGCCUUGCGACACAGGAGGAAGCUUAUGGUCUGGACUGCCGGACUUUGGUUCGAUUAUCGGAGGUGAUCUCGAUGGCGGGCCUUCAGAUUUCUUCCGACAUUCUGAACCUGGCCACGACGACCAGCAACAAAUACAUCGCGAAGCCGAAAAGCCAUACACAAACAUCAAUACAUUCGCUGCUCUAAUAGCACAACAACACCCUCCACAAGGAUCUCCGUUGUGCAGUUGUCUCCACAACGCCUUUGCAGUGUUCGCUUUCUUGGAGUACGGUCCCGAUACACCUCGGGGAGAAUUUUCGCACCUUGUAGUUCGAGCAGCGGCUACCUGGCUCACUAUUGCAGGCGAAGAAUUAGUGAGUUUAGGGUCGCCUUCCGUCAACCGUGACUAUAUUUCUGGCAGCUUGUGGGCGGCUGAAGGCGGUACCAAUACAGUAGAUGUUAAGCGACUGCAGUUUUGGAAAGAAAGGUUCCGGCAACUCCGGGAAUCUGGACGACUUUUGAGUCAAGAGGCUGUGGAUGCCACAAUUGACGCUGCAGCAGCCCUAGACAAGUUAAUUGCUGCACGAGGUUGAGAUAUCUUCAACUCUCGAAACGUGUUACCGAUAUCACGUCCACCCAUGUUAUCCUAGGCUCGAUACUCCUCUACUGUAUAUUCAAGCAUUUACUAUAACAUUCAUUUUUUCUCCAUGUUCAUCAUGUAUUGCGUAUAUCUCCUGUAUGAAACCAUUCAUGCUCUACCAAGUAUGAAAGCAGAAAUUACUCAUUUACCUAC